AUGAACGCUUGGCUCGCCGACGCCUCGAAUAUGCCUGGCCAGGAUAAUGGCGCCUUCAAUCCUUCUACUAUAGACCCCUCAGCCGCCUUUCUACAUGCCUCUCCCAACCCCCAGGACCCCAAUCAGUUCCAGCGUAUGUUCAAUGGCGUGCCACGGAAUGCCUCCCCGGGUUUCCACAACCCUAACCAGGUAAUUCCAUCCAAGCGAGCCCGACCAGAAGAUGGAAUGCCUAUGUCGCCGCGCCCUGCCCCCGGUGCGGGUGUCACUGGGUCGCGAUCCCAGACUCCCCAUCAAGUGCCAUUCCCUGGCUAUCAAGGCCCCGCAAAUGGAGCCCAAUUUCCUCAACAUCCGACACCUUACCAACACCUCCAGCAAGGCGCGUCACCCAAUGUCGGCCAGUCGCCCAUAAUCCAAGACUUUGACCAACAAAGUGCGCGCAUGGGAACAGCCUCACCCAGCCCUUAUUCCCCUGCCGGCCCGCACGUGGGUGGCCCUCACAUGUCACCUUCGCAGUCGGAUGGCAGCCGUGUGAACACACCUCAGAAUGGCCAAUUCAUGCCUGGACAAGGAUUCCCUCAGUCCAUGAACGCACAGUUUCAGCAGGCGCCUGGGAUGACCUCGGCAGGACCGCAACCCCCCAUGCAGGCUCAACAAUUCAAUGGGAUGCAGCAGAUGCCUCAGAGCUAUCACCAAGCCAUUGCGGCUCAGCAGCAGCGGCUUCGUCAAAUGCAAAUGCAGCAAAGUCAACAGAUGAAUGCCAACCCUCAAAUGGCGGGUCGCCCGCAAGUACCUGGUGGUAUGAACCCGAUGGCGAAUCCUCAGCAAAUGGCUGCUAUUCGACAGAUGCAACAGCAGCAGCAGCAGCAGCAGCAAAGCAUGGGCAAGCCGAAUAACCCGGAGAUGUUCAUGCGAACGUUACAAAAAUUCAUGAUGUCACGAAACCUACCUUUGGAUCCCAAUCCUAUUAUCAGCGGUCGUCCCAUCAAUGUCAUGCAAUUGUAUGGCACUGUGAUGAAAAUGGGCGGGUCGAAGAAAGUGACUGCGUUGAACUUGUGGCCGACGGUUGCACAACAGCUCCAAUUCCCUCAAGUCCAGUUCCCUAUGGCCGCUCAGGAGGUUCGGGAAUACCACCAAAGGAACCUGGCUCCUUAUGAGCAGGCGUAUUUUCAAUCCCAGUCAAAGCAGUUUGCCGAGAUGCAGCAGCAACAGCAGCAGCAACAGCAGCAACAGCAGCAACAGCAGCAGCAGCAACAGCAGCAGCAGCACCAGCAGCAGCAGCACCAGCAGCAGCAACAGCAGCACCAGCACCAGCAGCAACAGCAGCACCAGCACCAGCAGCAGCAACAGCAGCAACAGCAGCAGCAACAACACCAUCAUCAGCAGCAGCAGCAGCCGCAGCCGCAGCAGCAACACCCCGUUGGGAUCCCUCGCCAACCUAGCGAUCCCUCAGCGAUGCAAUUCCAGUCUCCCCAGGUUAAACCACGCCAGGGCUUUGAACAACCACAGCCGCUUAUUCCCCACACCCCUCAACACAGCACCCCCGUCUCCAAUAAUGCCCAGGCUACGCCGGUCAAUGGCUUCGCCACACCCACACAGGCCCGAAGUCAAAGCAAGCCACCUCAGCCCGCUCACCGGCUCAGUGUCUCAAGACAGUCACAGCCACCAGCUCCUCCACCGGAAGCUGCGGGACAAUUUGCCGCACCUUCGCCAUCACAGCAAGGGAAGCCUUCUAUGACUCCAGUCCAGCAACCGGUGCAAGCGCCGGAACCCAAGCAAGACCAAGUAGUCAAGCGACCGAUUGAAGACCCCUUCAAACCGAUGGUCAUCACCGAGCAACGGCUUCAUGGACCUAUUCAAGUGGAUGAGAUGUACCAGAUUGGCGAGGAGAUUUCAACGCUUAGGCCCACUGUACCAAGCUUCCCUGAAUUGGGUCUGGUAGAUAUCCAUGCAUUGACCAUGAGUUUGAAGUCUGGCAUUCAUGCUGAAGUUCGACUUGCGUUGGACACACUUACCACCCUUUCCUGCCAUCAAGGCGUUCAGAUCUCACUUGAGAACGCAGAGGACUUGGUGGAGAGCUUAGUGGAUUGUGCUGAUGAUCAGGCUGACCUUUUAUCCGAUCACAUUCAAGAAGUCUCUGAUGUGAUAUCCCUGCGCUCAUAUGAAGAUGUCACCCGGGGCUGCCAGUCCGAACACACCUCACUCGCAAAUGUGCCCGAAUUUGGGAGCCUCGACUAUGAGUUGGACCGUGCUGUGGAUCGUCUGAUUUGUAUCACCACCAUUUUCCGGAACCUUUCAUUUAGCGAGUCCAACUUUGGGCCAUUGGGAGUGCCGUCCGUUACCCAGUGCUUCGCAAACGUCUUCCGGAACAUCGGCACUCGCGACAAAUAUCUGCGAACUGACCAGAAUUUGUUGGACUUUAUGAAAGAUGCUGUCAUUUUCAUGAGCAAUUUGGCUCAUGUCAUGCAAAUACCUGGGAAGGAGGAGGCCCUUAGUCUGUUGCACUUCCUCCUGGCAUUCUCGCCUUUGCCAGGCCCCAUAGCUGUGAAGCCCGGCCAGAUUAUGUUCGCUGCGUUUAAUCCUUCGAUUCACCGGUACACUCCUGCUGCUACGGAUGCUCUUGCUAAGUUGCUGGCCAGAGAUGAUCCGAACCGCAUUUACUUCGGUGCCAUCUUCUCUGGAGACGGUUCUACCCCUCCGCAGCCCGAGCUUCUAACCCGCACAUUCGGCCUUGCCGCCUGUGCGAUUCCGGAUAAGAAACCUCUAGCAGUUGCGGAUGCCCGCAUGGUCUUCCUCAUGCAAGGUCUUCUGGCGGCUGACGUUCUCACCACCUUUGCUGAUGGGGCUUUGGCUAAGCUAUGGCUUGGUUCCGUCGACGGAUUCGCCAUUCACCUUUUGCGCGUGUCCUGUCUGCUGUGCACAGAGCGUCUUCCGAAUAUCAACCCGCGCCAAGGCCGGCAAGCGGAGGCCGAAGCCUAUGCCUACACUUCAAUUAUCCAUCGUGGACUCGCCAUCCUGCGCCGGCUUGCUGAAAAGUCCAAGCAAGUGGACAACGCCUCCCCCUCCAUCUCCCUUCCGGUAUCCUCCCCAGCAAAGAGAGCUUGCUUGGUGCCUUACUUCUCGCGAACAUGGACCCCACCAUCAUUCGUCAACUCCUCACGUACGCCAACUUAG